AUGGCAGGAGUAGAAGGUCAAGAUGUGUUGUGCGAAUGUGGAAUCCCAUCUCGCCUGCAAAUUUCCUCUACAGAAAGAAAUCCUGGCCGACGAUUCUACACUUGUUCGAAGAGAACAAUAAGUAAUUUAUGUGUUAUAAAAAUUAAUUCUGACAAUAAUCAAUGUGACUUCUUUGCUUGGGUUGACAAUGAUAUGCCGUAUCAAAUGAUGCUUCUCAGAGGAUUGAAAGCUGAUCUUACUACCAUGACUGAAGAACGGGAUGCACUUUUAGUCAAAUUGCGUGAGGCUGCAAGCUUGCUUUCAUCUAAAAACGAUGAAAUUCUGGAAAUUAAGGAUCAUCUUGAAGGAUUAAAAGAGUCUCAUGAUAUGUAUGUUGAAGAAAAUGGUGUUUUAUUUGAGGAAAGUGGGCUGUUGUUCAUGGAGAUUGAUACACUGAAAGAUGAAAUGAAGGUACUAGAAGAGAAUUGUGCACUCUUGAAGAGGUCAACCAAAUUAUUGAAGAUUGCUCUUGGUGUUGGUUUUGUAGUGACUGGUUUUAGUGUAGCCUUUGUGAGUUUGAGGAAAACUUGA